CCCAUUCAGUCGUGACGCAAAGCGGACCGGCGUACAAUCCAUUCAAUCAAUAGCUUUCUUGUCCCUUCCUACAACACCAGACAUCGCAUCGAACGUUCCACCACAGCUAAAAAUAACCCUGAGCCUAUCUUAUCGUAUUCCUUCUUUUCCUGGUCGGUGCGGUGGGAGUCUCGUGUUGCUAAUCUAGCUAUAUAGCCAAGCAAGCUGCACUUUACCAUGCUGGCUAAUAACAUAGCUAUUCGGGGAUAAGCGAGCAACGGCCCGGACGUACGCUGGGUUCACGAGGUACUUACAAUAGCUGGGUAGUGUGAGUAUAUACGUACGUGUAGGUAGGGCUGCUGCUCCCACCGUUCCUAGCUCGAAUUCGAUCCGUUUCUGCAUCUGAAGCCGACCGACCGAACUCACACCCACCUAACUCACUACGAUGCACCUCUCCACCUUCCUCCUCGCCCUCCUCUCCUCGCUCUUCUAUGCACACUCGGCACUCGCCCGCAAAGACGGCUACCUCUUCGCCGACUACGCCGCAGUCCAGCAGAUGCGCGAAACGCGCAGCCUCAUCGCACGAUCGCAAUCCGCAAACGACACAAGCGGCCAGAACUACUUUGUAGAAUUCAAGCACAACUACACCUACCCCGCCCUCGCCACCGACCUCUCCGCCUCCAACAUCUCGCACACGCUGCUCUCGCUCUUCGAGCCUCCCGGUCCCUGGUACGUAAUCCGAGGCGCCGCAGUGACGCUCUCCCCGUCGACCGCCGCACCCAGCGUGUCGCGCUACGCAGGCGUGAAGAACAUGUGGGCGGUGGAGCAAGUGCCGUCGAUUGGGAUAGGGUUUCACACGUUUGGUGUGUUGCUGGGGGCGAAGGUUACAUAGGGCUGGACGAGAUGGGAUAAGAUAGGGCAAAAGGGCGUUGAGAGGAUGCGGAGAAGAAACGACGAGGUACAAAGCGUACAGGCGCGUUGGGAACUUUUGGGGGGAUAGGACCAUAAUUCUAUUUCGCAACCGGCAAAGCAAGCAAGCAUAAUUCAUGGGUUCCAUGCAACCAACCACCACCUUUCCCCCAACAUGCCCGUCCGUUCAUCGAUCAUCACUCGACACGACGCAACACUCUUUAAGGAAAAACCAAAAACGAA